AUGGAAGUUUCUCGAUACAAAGGAGCCACACCAAUCCCUGAAUGGUGGCACCAUCAUGCAGCUGUGCGGCCUGGGCUGAGCGUCCACCACGACCCAUCAACAUUGGAAUCGCACGGAUACAACGACAACAUCCUCACCACGCCUCAGACUCUCGACUCACGCCGAAUAGCGAGCAUUCGCCCACUGCUGGCGCUACAUGUAUGCGGCGCGACAGUACAUACAUCGGCUAGCCGGCGCGGACGCGAUCCACGACGCGAAUGGAAUUGGAAGGCACAUGAUAGUCUUGACAAGAUCGCCAUUGGAUCAUCAACCGAGCCUACAACAGAGGAAGCUGAGGCUGACCUGACGAUGGCCGCCGAUCAACCUGGAUCUGUGAAUCUGAGGGAAGAAGAAUCUGAGGGAACUGAGCCCGAGAGCUUGCUGAAAGGCCUUCCUGGCGAAGAUCUCGUAAACAUUCCAAUCACCAUGGCAGACUCCGAAAUCUUGUCCAGCAGAAGACUCCGUGUGCUGGGUUGCCCUCCAUCAAGCCGGCGGAGGAUGGGAAAGGAGAAUCGAAAUGCGAUCGCUGUCAUCAUGAUGGUGGAAGUUACAGGUGAGGGAAAGCCGACUCACACCAAGCGAACCUCUCUGACUGUAAUCUUGCAACAUCGCGGAGAUGUGGCGACCUCGAAACACAUACUCGACAUGAUGGUGACGAUGAACGCCGACUGGAACAUGUCUAUCACCUGCAGCAACAUGUCAUGGCUCAAGAAGGAUGGCUCUCCUGGACCAGGACUGCGGCGCUGUUAUGUGAGCGAUGGCUUACAGUCUCCCAGGUCAUCCAUUCCCCGGCAACAUGUCCCAGCCCGCUCCCUCCAACGUAUCAUCUGCUGCAACACAGGGCCAUCCAUGAUGAUGAUCGCUUUGCCAUUACGAGAAACAUGCCCGCGGUGUUCUGAAAACCAGUUCCAUACUGGAACAACUGCUCGACCUCACACUCGGUUCAUGUUAUCGGCAAACCACUGGCGCUAUGCCCCACCAGCAUGCGCAUCACAACUGUACAGAACUGCUUCAUACGUUGGUGCGGCAUGGCCAAGGCUGGUGUUGGACGGGCCUCGAUCGAGAGCUGUUGGACAGCAAUAUUUGUCGCCAAUGACCAGCACAAGCACAGCACGAUCCUCACGAAUGAUCAAUGCGACUAAACACCAUGCACUAAAUGAGGACGUCGUACCCUGCGAAUUCUCCGAUGUCAUAUGCACGUUGCCAAGCAUGCCCUUCAUCAAUCUUUCUAUAGCAGUCUUGAUCAAAAUGCCAUCGGGGCUGGUCAACCAUCCUGAUUUUGCAUUGCCCUGCCCAUUUCAGCGCCGUCAUGUUGAGGAUCUCAACUAUGGCAACGUUCAUCAUCCCGCUCAAAAUCAGCACCCCAGCCGAUCCCUUCCUGAUGAGCAGAGAAAGGGCCGGAUGAUCAAUCUUGGCCGACUUCCGGUGCAUCGUCGACAUGAUCUGAGCGCCGAUGCUCUUCCCAUGAGCAUGAGAACCACUAGCUGUCAUCUACUCCGAGAAAACCAUCUGCGCUUUCCUCCACAGCCUCCGACUCCCAGCCCAGCAUCACCACCGGUGGUUUUGGCUCCCUGGAGAUCAUCUCCUUGGCUGGAUGAUCAUGAUCAUGACGAGUGCGUUGCCAUCAGCUGCCCGCAUUGUCCGUUGAUAAUCCACCAGGUCAUCAUGACCGUUACGAAAGCCAACGAGGAAGACUCCCUCGACUGGCGAGGUGUCGAUGAUGCUCCCUUCGGUUCUGGACAAAAGAGCUGCCAGAGAGAUGAUCAAUGGCUACGGUCACAAGACCGCUGGAGGAAAUCACUGCGAAUGCCGAGAAGCGCCGAAGAGAUCGAUGCUCUUAUGAAUACGGCAUUGCAAGUCAUCCUGGUCAGCAGAUCUAACGAAUGCUAUUCCAAAUACUUUUCCUCAAAAUGGCCGAUGCGUUCUCAAGGGCGCGCACGAGUUGCUCAUCUUGCCGCCAUUGUGUCGUGUUCACGAUGGCUACUUGAAGUGCAAUUCCUCGAUGAUUAUGAUGACGAGAGUUUGCAUGCUCAACACGGCGGUAAGUUUAUGAUCUGCACACCAGUAUUGAACCUCAGCUCCUUGGCUCGGGAAGGCCAGCCGUACUCUGAUUGGAAACGACUGACACUGCGACACGGGACCACGAUCGAGCCGACCACCCAUCGGCCUGUGGAGAACCCUAUCAGACAGCACGACAUAAUCCGCGAGAUGAUCCCAUUGUCGAACAGCACCCCAUCUACCAGGCGAUUAUUGGUUGACGACUACGAUUGCGUCUAUAUCAACAGGAUCCGACCGAUGAACAACAUCAUCAUGUGCUACGAUUUCAGUCUGAUUCUCGUGCCCAUAAUCGACAUGGCAAGAGUGCAGAAGGACCAUGGCCAGGAAGAUGACCAUAACGAGCAUCCUGACACAUGGGUGGUAUCCCGAGUUCCUGCUCACAACAUCCUGAUUCAUGCCCAACAGACAUUGACUCUCUGGCACUCUAUGCGCUGUGGAGAAUGCCGGCGCUUGAUCCGCAAUGACGAUCUUGGUCACCCAGCCGCGCAGGCCCUUGAAGCAACCCGAUACGUGGAUGGGAUUCCGAGCUCCCCCAAGAGCGGAGCGGUGAUCGCACUCUCAACAGACACUGACUUUCGGGCACUCCAAGCGCCUGGCGGUCUUAGUUGCCUAGCCGCGCAGACUCUUGAAGGAGGUCAUCCUCUGGCUCGCCAUGGUUUCAAAAAUGACGUUAUGGCUAUAAUUGACAUGUACUCAUUGGCCUCUGGGUCAAUCACGAUCGUCUUCGCCAACCACAUAGACCGGCACCGCAUUCAUCAAGGCAACCCUAGCUGCACAGCAAAGGUACAGGGACCUCGUCAUUUCGGAACCGCUAUGCUCAGUCUUUCUGACGCUGUUCUCGACCUCAUGAUGACCAUCUUCCCGAGGGCUGUCAUCGCAAUGGACUCAGCCAAAACCUGCACACCUGGACUGGUGCUGAGGCAACGGGAGGACACUGCUGGGGAUAGGGAGAUGCUCGAUGUUGAAGGCAGACUAGCGACGGAAACCGAUGCAAGCCAGCUACACUUCACCACCUCUAGACGUAGGGAUAUGCUCGAUGUCGCGAACGCCGGAGGCAGACCAAUCAAGGGACUCAAGAAGAGAGUGAGAAUGGGCAUGAAGCGACGGAAUCCGAUGCAAACCAAGAUGGCUAAGUUCUCGGAGCAAAUGUCCAAGAUGUUGGUGGAAGACGACAGCAGUAUAGUUAAAUCUCAGCCAGACUUCAGGAACAACUUCAUCUACCAGAGGCUCUAUAGAGCUCCUGACUAUAGUGACCAAAUGGACGAGGAGCUCGAUUGGGAUCGCCAUCCGCAUCUCUUCUCCUUCUGCGCAUUGGGCUUCGAUACACUGCGAAAGUCAGCCACAAGCAGCAGACAUGAUUGGCCUCCUGUGUCCGGUGGAAGUUGA